GAAAUCAGCUGUCGCGCCAAACUUCAGUUGUAAGAAGUGCCGCCAGAACGCCUGACAGUCGAGUGUUUAGCCGGGAUGGCGGCUCCAGCACUUUUGGUCUUGUAUGGCAGUCAGACUGGCACAGCACAAGACACAGCCGAAAGGAUCGGGCGGCAGGCCCAGAGGAGGUGCUUUCGUGUUCGGGUGGAGGCCCUGGACAGUUACGAUGUGGCCGGAUUGAUCUCGGAGCCGCUGGUUGUGUUUGUUUGCUCCACGACAGGACAGGGUGAGCCGCCGGACAACAUGAAGAAUUUCUGGCGUUUCCUGUUCCGGAAGUCUCUGCCAUCCACUGCCCUUUGCCGCCUGGACUGUGCCGUGCUGGGAUUGGGCGAUUCGUCUUACGCUCGGUUUAACUUUGUUGCUAAGAAACUGCACAAGAGGCUGAUGCAGCUGGGGGCAAACGCCAUCGUGCCAGUGGGCCUGGGGGACGACCAGCACGACCUGGGGCCCGACGCUGUCAUUGACCCCUGGCUCGCCGAGUUCUGGCUGAGGGUCCGUGAGAUGUACCCCUUACCUGCUGGCUGGAGCGCUCAAAGCGAUGACUUUUUGCUGCCAUCACGCUACGUGUUUGACUUCCUGGAGGCCGACCUCAAUGGACCAGAAAAGGCAGCAGAGCGUCAGACACCUCAGCCCUCUCGCCAGCACCCUUUUCCUGCCCGGAUGGUGACCAAUCAGAGGGUGACCCAUCCAUCUCAUUUCCAGGAUGUGCGGCUGAUUGAAUUUGACAUCGCUGGCUCUCCGAUCGAGUUUGCAGCAGGAGAUGUCGUCAUGAUCGCGCCACGCAACAGCACGGAGGACGUGGAACUGUUCUGCAGGCUACUACGACUCGACCCCGACCAGCACUUCACCCUUCGGUCCCGGGACUCGGCCCCGCUGCCCACCCGCCUGCCAAAGCCCUGCACGGUGCGUCACCUGGUGGAGCGCUACCUGGACAUCUCCUGCGUGCCUCGCCGCUCCUUCUUUGAGCAGCUGGCAGGGUUUGCCGCCAGUGACCUGGAGAGCGAGAAGCUGCGGGAGUUUUCCUCGGCACAGGGACAAGAGGAGCUUCAUGACUAUUGUACGAGACCCCGACGCACACUGCUGGAGGUCCUCCAAGAUUUCCCACACACCACUGCAGCUUUGCAGGUUGACUAUUUGCUGGAUUUGAUCCCGGAGAUGAGUCCUCGCGCCUUCUCCAUCGCCUCCUCCCUCCAUGCUCACCCCGGGCGCAUUCACAUCCUGCUAGCGGUGGUCCGGUACAAGACACGGCUUCAAAAACCUCGACGGGGGCUCUGCUCCACCUGGUUGGCAUCCCUAGACCCACAGACUGGGGAGCAGCGUGUCCCCCUGUGGGUGAAGAAAGGGGGCCUAACAUUUCCAAGUGACCCCGAGGUUCCUGUUGUGAUGGUAGGACCAGGAACUGGAGUUGCCCCCUUCAGAGCUUCUAUUCAGGAGCGAGUGGCCCUUGGCAGAAGAGGAAAUUACCUGUUUUUUGGCUGCCGCCAGGAGUCGAGGGACUUUUACUUUCAGGCAGAGUGGGCAGAGCUAAUGAAGGCCCAGUCGUUGGCGCUGUUUACAGCGUUCUCUCGUGACCAGGAAGAGAAGAUCUACGUGCAGCACCGCCUUCGAGAGCAGGGCACCCUGCUCUGGGAUUUGCUCGUGAACAAAACUGGGCACCUCUACAUUGCUGGGAAUGCCAAGCUGAUGCCCGCUGCCGUGACUGAUGCACUCAGGGCCAUCUUUGAGUCCGCAGGGGGACUUUCUACCUCUGCCAGUGAAGAGCUGCUGGCGAAGCUGGAGAGAGUGGGCCGCUUCCAGUCGGAGACGUGGUCCUGAUAAUGUGGUGCCCCCCAGUACCCUGUGACUCCUCUGGCUCUGUGAAGCCCACAUCUCAUAGUGGAGACUGCGCGUGCCACCAGUCGGCCACUUCUGGUCCCUUGUUGUUUUUUCCUGUGUAUAAAGGUGCCAGGGGGCUCCCUCCUCGUGCCUUCUGAGAACAUUAAAGCGUACCUGAGGAUGACGUGGUCCUCCUGCCUGUCA